UUCAUACUUUAAUUUGGUAAUUCUCCUAUGUACCACUUAAUUUCACGUCAGAAUCUUUCUUAGGAGCCUCUAAUCCGCGGUUAUGUUGCUCUAACUAAAAUUUGAGAUAAUACUAAACAUUUAAUUAUGGACAAAUACAUAACUUGGAAAUAAUACACAACACAACCAGAGUUACCAACAGAUCCAAAUCUAGUCCUUUUAAAUUCGGAGGUACUAGUACCCCCAUUCCUAUUCUCUCUCAGUUGCUGUUUUUCACUUUGUUAGUGUUAUCUGCAUUUGCUUUCACAGUUGCUUCACCAGGAAGAAAUAACAAAAGGAAAUACCUUCUUCUUGCUUUACCUUUCCUGAUGCUGAUAGUAAAAAUCUCUCUUUUCUGAUUUGGAACUUCAUUGUUCACUUUCUGCAUCAAUUUGCUGUUGGGUUUUAACAUUUAUCUCUGCCAUCAUAUUACUAAGGUCUCACUUCUGGGUACGUCAUGAUUUUUACAAGAUUCUCCUCGAUCCCAAUAAAAGUGUAGGGGAAUUUUGUUGCGAGGCAUGGAGUUCGAGACUCCAUAUCCAACUUGUUUUAUGUCAUACUCAAAUUGGUUUUCUGAAAAAGUCCACUGCACAGAAUGGACCAGCGAAGAGAAUAAGAAGUUUGAGAGUGCCCUUGCCAUAUAUGACAAGGAUACCCCAGACAGAUGGCUGAGGGUUGCAGCCAUGCUCCCGGGAAAAACUGUCUAUGAUGUGAUCAAGCAGUACAGAGAAUUGGAAGAAGAUGUUACUGAAAUAGAAGCAGGUAGGAUUCCAGUUCCUGGAUAUCCUACCUCUUCUUUCACAUUGGAGAUGAUUGACAACCAAUGUUAUGAUGCAUGCAGAAAGAAGCCUGCAACUGUCAGGAGUCCUGAGCAGGAGAGGAAGAAAGGGGUACCUUGGACAGAAGAGGAACACAGACGUUUUUUGAUGGGACUUGUAAAGUAUGGUAAAGGGGAUUGGAGAAAUAUCUCUCGCAAUUUUGUGGUGACAAAGACUCCCACCCAAGUGGCAAGCCAUGCUCAAAAGUAUUACAUAAGGCAAAAGCUUUCUGGAGGGAAAGACAAUAAAAGGAGGCCUAGUAUCCAUGAUAUCACCACUGCUAAUCUAACAUCAGAUCAAGAGUCUCACAUGCCUUCAGAGAAACAGAAGCUGACUACUAUGCCAAAAGUACAAAUAGAAUGGAUUAAUGACCAAAACAAUGGCUCACUUAUGGUCUUCAACCCAAAUUAUGAUAUGUUCAUGUCACCAUCUUUCAUCUCUUCCAAGGCCCUCAAGCUGAAAGAGCAGGAUUUCUAUGAUUGUGCUUUUCAUGAGACUUAUGCUAAGCUUAAAAAUCCGGGUUUGACGGCUUCUAGAGACUUCAACAAGGAAUCUAUAUUCGGUAUUCAUGCACUCUAAUGCUUGCUCUUAUCAUGUUAUGAACAACAUACUAGUUCUACUACACAGAUCAUAUCUCUGUAUGAACAUAACUAGGGUACUUGUUUUAUGCUAUUGAUAAGUGUCUAAUUAGCUUGAUUUAACAUU